AUGUUGCACAAGUUAUAUGAUGAAGAAGACAUUAACGAGGAAGAGGAAAUUGAAGAAGAGGAGGAAGAAGAUUUCGGUCCCAUCUGUGACACCGAUGGGGAAGGGGAAUUUGUGGAAAGAAUCAAUUUAUUAACUGGAGAAGAAAUUGUUGAACACUCUAACCCUUUCUAUGCCACUGAUGGGGAAGACGAUCAUGAAGAAAUUCAAGAAGAAAUAAAUUUUGUGGUUGGAAACGAAAUUGUUGAAACGAUUGUGAAAGUAAUCGAUUUUGUUGUUACAAACAAACUUGUUGAAGAAAAGGUUGAAGAAUCCAAAGAGGUGGAGUAG